AUGAACGCACGACGGACACAGAACCUUUCCGAAGCCAAACUCAACCGUCUUCUUGAAUACAACCAGCGCUUACGGGAGCUCCUUGAUAUCCCCAGAACCACGGUAUCCGAAGCAUCCACACGGAUGAUUGAUCACUGCAAAAACACCAGAGAUCCCAUGGUGCCCUCUGUAUGGGGACCGAUCGACAAAAAGGAUGAUCCGUUCGCACCUACUUCGGGAAGUGGAUGCUGCACGGUGAUGUAA